AUUCUCACUUGCUAUUUAACCUUCCCCACUCCUUGGCAUUUAGGCAGUCUUGGCCUCCACUUAUCUUCCGCCGAAGGUGGAUCUGCUCCGUUGGUGACAAGAGUGAUUCGCUUCUCCCCAGCUGCUAUGGCCGGAAUCGAGCCUGGUGCUCGUCUAAUCGGUCUUGAAGAUCGCCUUCUUUUGUUGCCAGCACAUUCGGCCUCGCAGCCUAUUACAAAUACACCGGACACCGAAGUUAAUCCGAGCGAAUUAUACGAGUAUCAAAGGCGACAGACGGCGGCAGCAGAGGCGGUGGUUGCUCAGAUUGAGACGGCUUGGCUUGAAAGAUGCAAAGAGGCGGCCCGAUUAUUGCUAGUAGGCAAAAGCGAUAUGGGGGAAGGAAUCAAGCCAAUCAGUCUAACUGUAAUCAGCCCUUGCAAGUCACCAUCGCGUUCCGUUGACAAGAGCUGCCUUAGAGCCGGCUCUCUGACCGUCCGUCCGAGUUAUACCCGAUCUGGUCUUGAGUCGGGACCUGUUCGUUCUCCGUCACUGGUUCCUCUAUCGGCUCAGCUCACAGGCCUCCGAAUGGGCUCAAACUCGGAACCAUUUGUUGCAACCUCUGAUCAUUUAACCAAAAGUGCGUCCGGCUCUAGGGAUUACGUAAGCAGGACCCUGCCAAUUAAGGCAAGGAAGACUUCGACAGUCCCGGAUAGUGGCUUGGUUGAAUCCACAACCACUGGAUCAAACCUGAGAUCUGGUCCUCUUAACUACGCUACACCGCCUACUGACUUCGGCCAAAAAACCAGCAAAAAUUCCUUCACAUCCAUUUUCUCUUCCGGGCGUCACCAAUCAACCAGCAAGUCUGGAUUGCCUCAGCGCCACUUUUCAAAUACUAACCGUUCAAAAGCUAAGCUCCAUAAUUCAAACUAUGGAGGUCUCAAAUAUGGCGGACUUGAAAACCCCAGCAGUACUGCAUAUCAGACCGAAUUGCCUGUUGAUUGGGAUACUCUACUUAACUCGUCUCCAUGCGUCAACGGUUCUCAUAAUGCUCCCCGGAAUAUCCCGCUCUACCAAGAUGAUCUGGAGACAGGCCUUGCAACUAGCUUGGUUGCAACCGCUGAUACACGGAACUGUGGCACAUCACCGGAUGAGAAAGCAUAUAUGUUAGCUAAGGGACGCCGCAAGUUUCAAUCUCCCGAUAGGGUAGCAGAACAGCACAGCUACACCGACGUCUGGCAACGAUCAUCGAAGGUCGCCUCUGUACCCGAGGAUAGAAAGCCUCUUUAUCUGGCUGAUGUUCACGCGAACAUCUCUCCUCUAGAGCCACAUCCUUCGACUCGGGCACCCGAAAACUUGGCUUCUGGUCGAUCAAAUUACCGCGAUUUAUCCGAGGAGAAGGGUAUGUCGGAUGCUUCUUGCCCGUCUGUGGGGAUUGGCUUUGAUGGUCGCCAUCUGACAUCUGGAAAAACGAAUGAGCAGUUAGCUGAGGAGGAUUUUCAGGAGCAUCAGAACCGUUAUAGGCGCGAAAGUGGAAGCGACGGGUACAAACCAACCUUGGAACCAUACUUUGACCAAUUUGAUCACCAUGGUUGUGUCUUAGAACAAGACUUGGCCUCAUCCAGCAGCUCGGAGUUAGCUAAUGUCGUACAUGGCAACGAGAAUAGCUUUUCGGAUGCUCACAAUCUUCACAUACAAGAGUUUGAAACUGUGACUGAUGCUUAA